GCCGGAGUUGCCUGUCACCGCCGAGAAGGGCUGCCCACCCCCAGCCAUCAUGGAGAUUGUAUACGUUUAUACCAAAAUACGAAGUGAAUUUGGCCGACAAUGCAACUUUUCCGAUCGCCCUACAGAGCUACAUGUUGAUAUUGUUCCAGAUCCAACAUUAGCUGAAAAUUUCAUUGAGAAAAAUCCAGUUGAUGUGUUUGUACAGGUUUCAAAAGACAUGUCGGAACACGAGGUAAACACAGAACAUAUUGCAACAGAGGUUCGAGGGAUUAACCACGUGGAGGGUGGCUGGCCUAAAGAUAUAAACCCAAAUGAUCUGGAACAUACCAUGCGUUACCGCAAGAAAGUGGAAAAGGAUGAAAAUUAUGUCUACACACUAAUGCAGCUGGGUGGUUUAAUGGAGCACUGCAUUAAACAGAAUAAUGCUAUCAAUAUUUAUGAGGAGUACUUUGAAGAUAAUGAGGAAUCUGUGGGAAGAACUGAUGAACCACCUUCUGCAAAAACCAUAAAUGUUUUCAGUGACCCUAAUGAAAUUAAACGGACAGUAUCCCAUCUCUCAUGGCAUCCAGAUCAAGGGAAGAAACUGGCAAUUUCUUACUGUUGUCUGGAGUUUCAAAAAGCUGGUGAUAAUAUGAAUCCUGACUCGUACAUCUGGGACAUGGAAAAUCCAAAUAAGCAUGAACUGGCAAUAAAACCAGUAUCUCCUCUUGUUUGUCUGGAAUAUAACCCCAAAGAUUCACACAUUCUGGCUGGAGGUUGUUACAGUGGACAGAUUGGGUACUGGGAUACACGGAAAGGAGGUCAGGCAGUUGAAAUGCCUGCAGUUGAACUUGGACAUCGAGAUCCAGUGUACAAAAUCAUUUGGUUACAGUCUAAAACAGGAACGGAUUGUUUUUCUACUUCUACUGAUGGACAGGUACUGUGGUGGGAUAUCAGGAAGAUGAGUGAACCAGUGGAAAGACUCAUCUUGGAUGUAACAAAAAAAGAUAACCCGGAUAUUGCAUACGGAGGUGUUUCACUGGAGUUUGAAACCACAAUGCCAACAAAGUUUAUGGUAGGGACUGAACAAGGUGCCGUAAUAUUAGGGAAUCGAAAGGGAAAAUUGCCAGCUGAGAAGAUAGUGACCACAUUCGCUGGUCAUCAUGGCCCUGUCUAUGCUGUGCAGAGAAAUCCUUUCUACCCAAAGAACUUUCUGACGGUUGGGGACUGGACAGCCAGAAUUUGGUCUGAAGAGAUCAGGGAAUCAUCCAUCAUGUGGACUAAAUAUCAUAUGUCUAACCUGACAGAUGGUUGUUGGAGCCCUGUAAGGCCGACUGUCUUCUUCACAAGCAAAAUGGAUGGUACUAUUGAUGCCUGGGAUUUGUCAUUUAAGCACAGUGAAGCAACACUCAGUGUUAAGGUGUGCGAUGACGCUCUAUACAGUUUGCGUAUCCAAGACAAUGGACAAUUCCUUGCAUGUGGUUCUCACCAGGGUGAAACAACCUUGCUCGAGUUUUCACCCAGUUUCUAUGCUUACCUGAAACAGGAAAAGGCAAUUGCAAAUGCAAUGUUUGAAAGGGAGACAAAACGGGAGAAGAUUCUAGAAGCACGCCAACGUGAGAUGCGGGCAAAAGAACGUGCUAAAUCAGAGCAAGAAAAGGUGGUGGAACAGCAAGUUGAAGAUGAGGAGGAUACUAUUGAAUACAAAAUUGCAAAAGCUGAGAGACUAUUCUUUGAAACUAUUGAACAAGAAAAAGACAGAUUUGAGUUGGAAAAAAUGGAUGACACCAAGGAAUCGAUGUCAGAGGAUGAGGAUGAAGACGAGACGGAUGACUUUUGAUCUGAAAGUGCAACCAGCCUGCAGUACUAGCUGAGUAAUCUAGAUCUUUUUCAUUAUUAACAGAACAACCAAUAUCCAGAAUCUCACUAUCUUGAAAAUGAAUUUUGC